CAAGGCGGCAGUAAAGUGUCUCUACUGCAGAACAUCCUCAGACAGAUAUAAAGGGAUGCCCGCUCCGGAGUCGGUCCGGCUGGGUCGGAAACGCGCCUUGCCCUCCUGCCCAAACCCGCUGUUCCUCCAGUGGCUCACUGAGCUCCGGGACCAGGCCAAAGAGAAAGGACUGAAGAUCCAGUACACAUACCAGAAGGCGAUCAGCUCUUUGAAUAAGUAUCCACUGCCGCUCCAAAACGCCAAAGAGGCAAAGAUCCUCCAGAACUUUGGAGACGGGAUCUGUAAAAUACUGGAUGAAAAACUGCAACGAUACUACAGAGAGAAAGGUUCAAACGCUCCUAUUCACUCUCUCCCCGAAGGAGCGCCCCCUCCUGGCAGACUAGACAACAACAACCUGGCUCCCUCCAGGAAGAAAAAUGUUGCAGGGAAUCAAGGGAAGGAGAAAGGAGGAGGAGGAGGAGGUGAAGGAGGAGGAGGGAGGAAGAAGAAGAGGGAGUACGUCCCCCAGAAGAGGUCUGGAGGUUAUGCUGUCCUCCUCACUCUUUACAGACAAUCACAGACCCCAGGUAGUAAAGGUUAUAUGUUUAAGAUGGAGCUACAAACUGAAGCCCAACGUCUCUGUGAUAAAUCCUUCAGUGUGCCAGAUCUCGGCAGUAAGUACACCGCCUGGUCUUCAGUCAGCACUCUGAUCCAGAAGAACCUGGUGAUAAAGACCCACAAUCCUGCAAGGUAUUCUCUGACAGACGAAGGUUCGGCUUUGGCUGAACGACUCGAGUCAGCAGAAGAAGGGACUAAAGAAGGUCCAGAUGGGGACAGAGAGGAGGGCAGGAGUGAAGGCGGGGAGGACGAGGUGGAAGAGGAAGGCGGCCCCGGAGUUGUGGACCUUACCGCUAGCGAUAAUGAGGACGAUGAAGAGCAGGACAAAAUACAUCCUGCAGAGGAGAGACCGGUCUGUGUCGCCCAGCCGAGGAGCGAAGAUCAGGUGGUUUCAUCAGGGAAGCACCAGGAUUCACAGGCGACAAGCGGGAAGUCGAAUGGAGCACGUCUCCUACCUGGAACCUACGAGAUCUUACUCUGUGUUGACUUCAUUGAGACGACUGGCGGCAGCAGCCAUCGGAAGCAGGAGCUCGUCAAAGAGCUGCAGAGAAACGGAGUGAACUUCGAUGUCAGGAAGCUAAACGUUGGAGACUUCCUGUGGGUGGCUCGGGAAAAGGUCACACCUGUUCCAGGUCAGCUGCGAGCACCAGAAGGCCGGGAGCUCGUCCUCGAUUACAUCAUUGAGAGGAAGAGGAUGGACGACUUGUGUGGUAGCAUAAUUGACGGACGCUUCAGGGAACAAAAGUUUCGGCUGAAGAGGUGCGGUCUUCGUAAGCCGGUCUAUCUGGUAGAGGAGUGUGGGACGGCUGCUUCCCACCUGAGUUUACCUGAAACUACACUACAGCAGGCCAUCGUCAACACACAGGUGGUCGAUGGCUUCUUUGUGAAGAGAGUCCAGGAUGUGCGGGAGUCGGCGGCCUACCUCACCAUCAUGACACGAUACCUCACUAAGCUGUACCUGAACCGGACGCUGAUCUGUCGCUCCAGAGAGCUGGAGGGUGAUGGAGGAAGUGAUGAGGAGGGGACAGGACUCCCUUCUUGCUCUCUCAUUUCUUUUGCCGAGUUCAACCACGGUGCAAUCAAGAACAAGUGUCAAACUGUCAGAGAAGUGUUCGCCAGACAGUUGAUGCAGAUUAGCGGUUUGUCUGGAGACAAGGCCGCUGCUAUACUGGAGCAGUACAGCACGCCACACAGCCUUCUGACGGCCUACGAACGGUGUGUAAGUGAAGCCGAGAAAGAGAAACUUCUCUCGUCCAUCCGAUACGGGAAGCUCAAGAGAAAUUUGGGUCCAGCUCUGAGCAGAACAGUUUAUCAGCUGUACUGUACUCAGGGAUCGCUGUCAUAGCGGAAAACAGUCAUCAUGCUAAUGUAAUAUUUAUAUUUCUCACAGAUGGAUUUAACUUCAUAAUGUGAACACCAUUAAUUUCCAGUUUCACCUUUACUUGAAUAAGCUUUAAAGAAUUGUUCUUUACAUAUUAAUGUAAAUAUAAAGAUGCUGUUAUAU